AUGGAAAAUACUGCUGAAUUCCUUAUUCGAGCGGCGAUAAAUUUGGAAACAUCCAAAAGUAUGCAAGGAAAAAAGCCAACUCAUCGAAUACCUCGAUCUCAAUUAAUUCAAAUACAUGAUCGGCAAUAUUCAUAUGAAAAUGAUUGUCAGCCACUUGUUGCUCAUGAAAGGAUUACAAGUUUUGUUUAUUCACCAUGCACACAACCCCUUUCCUGCCUACAACGAAUACCAUUAACCGAUUUAGUACUGGAAACUGUUCAUCGUGGAAAAUAUCUUCUUCUAAGAACAAUUGUUCAUCCAAAAAAGAUUGUGGAAAUUAAAACUGUCGUUGAAGAUCCCAACGGUGAUGUUGAAGUGUUAGAAUUAUACAAUCAAAAUCCUAAUCGAUCUCAUAAAGAUAUAAUUCCAAAUAACAGUAUUAUUAUACUGAAAGAACCAUACUAUAAAAUAUCUGCUCAAAGAGAAACUUCUUUAAGAUGUGAUCACCCAACUGAUUUAAUCUUUUUGGAUACAAAUAAUUCAAUGGUACAAGAUCUCAAUUGGAAAACUGGAACACCAAAAAUUCACAAAAUUCUAACAGCUGCUGAAUACAAGACACUUGGAAAUGAUUAUUUUAAAAAAGGCAAAUUUUACGAAGCUAUUAAAGCUUACUCAGAUGGUAUUUCAUCAUCUGAAACUUCUGAUCCAGAAAUCUCCCUUCUUAAACUGAACCGUUCACAAGCUCACCUAAAAGUUCAUCAUUUCGAAGGUGCUUUAAAUGACUGUCAAGAUAUUUUAAAAAAUGAUCCAAGUAACAUUAAAGCUUUGUACCGAUGUGUCAAAGCAUUCUAUGGUUUAGAGAAUUACGAUGAAGCCUUAGUACAAGUAAAGAAGUUAUUAAAAAUAGAUCUUAAGAACGUUGAUGGUCACCGAGAAUUAACUUCAAUUGUGACGAGAAUUGAGGAAAAAAGAAAAGGUCUUUACAAUUUUAAUCAAAUGAUUGAAGAAGCCAAAAAAUCGUCAACUCCUCGUCUUGAUAAUGCGUCUUAUGUUGGACCGGUUCAAAUUACUGAGAUUUCAACAGAAAGAGGUCGAGGUUUAGUUCUUACUGAAGAUGUUCGUAAAGGUCAAUUAUUACUAUGUUCCAAAGCAUUUUCAAUUACUUAUCCAACGGAAUGUAGUCAAGUUUAUCAUUUUAAUGCAGUAACAAAACUUGUUGAAACUGGAGAUCAUGGUGUGAAUACAGCACAAGUUAUUAACAAACUUCAGAACAAUCCAUCUCUUUCAUCUUCUUUUUUUCAACUUUAUGCUGGACAACACAGAAUCGGCGAAACACCACCAACAGCUACAGCAGAAGCAAUUGAUUCUUUUUGGGUGUCUGAUAUUUGUUCAAUGAAUACAUUUGGUGUAUCAGAAGAUGGUGUCAAUCCCUCUCUCAUACAACCAACGAAAUCAAAAAGCUCGAAAAAUACAGAUGCUGCUGGUCUUUUUCUUCUACCAUCUUUUAUCAAUCAUGCCUGUUGUGAAAACGUUAUAAGAAGUUACAUUGGGGAUAUGAUGAUUGUUCGUGCUGCAUAUGAUUUAACUCAGGGUACGGAACUUUUCUUAACAUAUGCUGAUAUUUUACUUCAAUAUGAAGAACGUACAAAAUGUUUGGAUAAACAUAAAUUUAUUUGUACUUGCACAUUAUGUGAAUUAGAUCGAGCUGAACCAGCCGCCAUUCGUAGAAAACGAAAGCUACUACUUGAUAAGUAUCAAGAGAAAUAUAGAUUCAUAAUGCUUGAGCAAAUUAAUCAAAAUCCGGAAAAAGCAAUUGGUGAUAUGUUGAAAAUGAUGACAAAUAUUGAAUAUACUUAUAAGGAAUCAGGAAGAGAAAAGUAUCGAUUGGGAUUAAUUGAGCCGUUAAUGGCUUUAGGUAAGUAA